UGUCUAAGAAGAAAAUAAUCUGAAAUUUAUUACCUACGUUGUAGGAAAUUCACAAUUCAAAAGUUUUAAUCUUUCUAGAUAACAAAAAACAAAAAAAUUAUGAACUUAACUUACAUAUAUUUUUCAAAUUAAAGUUGAAGUUAUUUUGUCCGGGAGUUGAAAGUUGUAUGUUCCCGUGAAUUACAGAGAAAUUUCUAUCCAAAGAUGGGGGGUUGUCGGUGUACAUAUCGGAACUGCACUGUCCGUUCAGAUGGAGUAACACACAUGUUUCAUUACCCAGUAUUUGAUAAAGUAAGAUGUCAUCAAUGGUUAACAAAUGCACAGAGAUUAGAUUUUUUAAAUUUAAAAGUGUCCCAAUUAAAGAAUCGAGUUGUGUGCCAACACCAUUUUGAAGAUUAUUGGUUUAUGAAUUUUAAGAAAGAAAAGUUAAAGUUUGAAGCUGUUCCAACAUUGAAUGGACCAUUUUGUGAACCGAAAGAAGACAAAACAUCAGCAUCUGAUAAAAUGUUCCCAAUAACACUAGAGGAUAUCGAAAAUGAGGUUCUCACAAUUUCUGAUAAGAAAGCAAAUUUUUCAGUGAAAUAUGUAAAUUUUCUAACCAACAAUGAGUUAGAUGAUGUAGAUUUAUUGAAUAAUUAUAACAAAUUUUAUACACCUAAAGCUAAACAAAUUGAAAUAAAAAAUGUAACAACUUUAAAUGAGGGUGUUAAUCAACAAAAUAGAAAACAACACUGGUCUGGAAAAUUAAGAUCGUCAAAGGGUAUAAAACAGAACGUUAUUUCAGAAAAUUCUAAAAAUGACGAUUCGAACGCAAAUCUAAAUCUUACAAUGUUAAAUAAUCCUGUUACAUUAAACGUGGAAUUUAUUCCACAAGAAGAAAAUAGACCAGAAGUUUGUAAAAUUAUUGAUGAUACAACAGAUAAAAUUAUCAAAAAGUAUUCAUCACAUGAAACAACAAGCCAGUAUACACCAUCUGUUUUAACAGUUCCAAAUACGAAUGAGAUUGUAAUCGCAAACCUGAAUCAAGAUGAUUUCCAGCAUAACGUUUGUAACAAAAGUAUGCCUAACCUUGAAUUGUAUGCAGAACCACCACAAUCUCAACUAAAAUUCGAACCUCUCAAUUCUUUUAAAGACAAGAACAAAGCAGUCCACAUAUUAGAACAACGAAAAAUUUCCUCAUAUAUCCCCAUUCCUAAAUAUUUACAACCACUAUCCCCUAGUGGAAUAUUAAGACUACCUAUUCGGAAAACUACAAACAAUACUAAUUGUUAUUAUAGAAAUACUGUAAAUCCGAAUCCUAUUGUCCCUACUACCUCUAGCAUAGAUAAUAAACCUCAUAUAAGUAGUGUUUACCACAUAGAUAUUAAGCCUCACGUAGAUAGUAAUCCCAAUAUAGAUACUACCUCUAAUGUAGACACUAACUGUAAUGUAGAUAUUAAUCCUAAUGUAGACGCUAUUCCUAAUGUAGACAUUAAUACUGAGGUAGACAUUAAUCCUAAUGUAGACAUUAAGCCUAACAUAGAUAUUAAUCCUAUCAUAGAUAUCAACCCCAUCAUAGAUGUUGACCCUAACACAGAUAUUAAUCGUAACAUAGACAUUAAUUCUAAUAUAGAUAUUGAUCCUAAUGUAGAUAUUAAUCGUAAUUUAGAUACCACUUCUAACAUACAUACUAAAGCUACUGCUGACGACGAAGAACAAGAAAAGUUUAUUCCAUCCAGAACUGUUCAAAAUAUUGAUUCUGUGUUAAAAAAUACGAAAGAUGACAAAUGCAGAAUGGCUACAAAACAAUCGCCUAAUAAAAGUCUUUUAAAAAAUAAAGUAAAUGCUAAGCAACUAGCAUCUAUUAAAGAAAAGAGAAAGUUUAAUAUGAAACUAAGAGAUGUGAUAGAGUCAUGCUUAGAUAAUCAAGAUAAUGAUAAUAAAAUCACAAACAGUAACUCGGCAGACAAAUGUACCAAUCUAGAGAAUAUAAAAAACACGAAAAUAAUGGAAUUGAAAAAUUCUAAUGUAACAAGUUCAUUGUCAAAGGAUCCCAAUUUACCUAGUAUUGGAGAAUAUUCUAUUGCGUAUUUAGAAGCCAGAAUGAAAAGAAUGGAAGACAUAUUACUUAAUAAGAUAGAUCAGAAUUCUCAACGAAUUGUUGAACUAAAAAAUACAGUUGUGCGUUCAAAAAAAAAAUCAGUCCAUACUCAAACAGCUCACACUGACGAAACUUACAAGAAGUUCCUCUACAAUGAAAUAUCAAAAUACUUGAGCCCCGAUAGCAACAGCUUAAUUUACGAAGAACUUUUCAUUAGUAAAUAUGCGCAAAAAUCAUGUAAAGUUUCUCCAUCGCCUAAAAAACGUCGCAAAAGGUAACGAUAGUAGACAUAAAUACAAACGUUUUAUGAAAAUAAAUGUAAAUAGCACGUCCUGUAAAAUAAUUUUAUUGUGUAUAAAUAUAAUACAUCAUAAA